GGGGCUGUUGCGGAUCCUCCGGCUUGACCCUAGUAGAAGAGCUGCACCUUUUCUCCUCCCCUCUCGGGCGGAGCCAGGGCACUCCCGAGCCCUCCCCGCGCCGAACCCGGAACCGGGCAGGUGGGGGGUGGGGGUAGGGCCGUCGCCCGGGGCUUACGGGGACCCCUACCCCCUUUUCCCCCCGCCCCGCUGCGGGUGCCUCGGCCAUGUCUGCGGAGGAGACGGUGCAGAUCUUGCUGGAGGGCCGCUGCUACCCCGUGAGCAAGAAGAAGCUUAUCGAGCAGAGCGAUUACUUUCGUGCCUUGUACCGCUCGGGCAUGCGGGAAACUGGGGGACCAGACUCGGGGGGCCCCGAAGUGCAGCAGCUGCGGGGGCUCAGCGGCCCGGGCCUGCAGCUUGUGCUGGAUUUCAUCAACACUGGAGGAACUGGGUCUGGCUGGUCUCUGGGCCCUCAGGGAGAGAAGGGGGGUGGAGAGGAGGAAGAGGUAGAGGAGGGCAGUUUGCUGGAGGAGUUGGUGGAAGUGGCCUCCUUCCUGCAGGUCACCCCUUUGCUGCAGCUGCUGCUGUCCCAGGUGCGAUUGAACAACUGCCUGGAGCUGCACCGUCUGGCCCAGGUGUAUGGGCUGCAAGACCUCCAGGGGGCCUGCCUGAACUUCAUGGCUGCCCACUACCACCAGGUGCUUCGCAUCCCCCAGUUCCACCUUUUGGUCACUUCUCCACAGGCUCCAGGGGAGGCCAAUCUCAAGCAGAAGCUGAGGGAGGGCAGGAUGAAAGGGAAAGCUGUACUCAUAGCUCUGGGAGACUUCUUAGGGGGGCCCCUGGCCCCGCACCCCCACCAGGGAGAGCCGAGGUCAAUGCUUAGAUAUGAUGAGGCCGCUUUGCGGUGGUUGCCUUUGGCCAACCAGCUGCCACCUGAUCUGGUAAACGUCAGGGGUUAUGGGUCUGCCAUCCUGGACAACUACCUUUUCAUAGUGGGAGGGUAUAGGAUCACCAGCCAGGAGAUCUCUGCUGCCCACUGCUAUAACCCUUGCAAAAACGAGUGGAGUCAGGUGGCUUCGAUGAACCAAAAGAGGUCCAGCUUCAAGCUUCUGGCUGUGAGUGGGAAACUGUAUGCCAUUGGUGGGCAAUCUGUUUCCAAUGUUGAAUGUUACAAUCCUGAGCAGGACUGGUGGAAUUUUGUGGCCCCGUUACCAAAUCCUUUGGCUGAAUUCUCUGCCUGUGAGUGUAAGGGAAAAAUUUAUGUCAUAGGAGGAUACACUACCAGAGACAGGAAUAUGAACAUUUUGCAGUACUGCCCCUCUUCUGAUGCUUGGACUAUCUUUGAAGUAUGUGAUGUCCACAUUCGUAAACAACAGAUGCUAUCUGUGGAGGAGACCAUCUACUUGGUGGGAGGUUAUCUCCAUGAACUUGGACCCAACAAAAGGACCAACCAAAGUGAGGAUCUGUUAACAGUGCAGUCUUACAAUACAAUUACCCGGGAAUGGCUCUGUCUCAAGGAGAACACAUCCAAAUCAGGUCUUAACUUGACUUGCACACUUCACAAUGAUGGAAUCUAUAUUAUGAGCAGAGACAUUACUCUGUCAACUAGCUUGGAACACAGGGUUUUUCUCAAGUAUAAUAUCUUUUCAGAGAGUUGGGAGCCAUUUAGGCGUUUUCCGGCUUUUGGACAGAACUUAUUGAUUUGUUCUCUUUAUUUGCCAAGUGAAACAGAAAUAUGACUGCACUUAAGUGUUUUAGAAUAUUCUAAGAACCUAAUUAGAAAAAGUAAAAUCACAUUAUAAGGAUGAUUGGCAUUGGCCCAAGGGGAUAAUGCAAGCUGUGUUAGACUACAUAUUUAGCAUUUAUGAAUAACCUCACUACUUGAACUUAUUUCUCUACUUUGAGAGAUUUGUGACUUUAAUGAUGUUGGUACUCUCUCCACCGACACUGAUAAUCCACAUUUUAGUAAAUACAUUUCCAUUAGUUGCUUUGGCCAAAAAAAUUAUCACCAGUUUCUCAAUAGCAUAAAUGGCAAAAUAUGAGUAACUCUGAACUUAACUGGGCUGAAUGUUAGGCUACAGACACAUAUCUGCCUGCCUGGUACUCAAAGCUGUGGGACCAUCCCGGGAAUUCUGGAGCGAGUUGGAGAUGUUUUAGGCACUCUCUUUAUCAGUAAAGAAGCAUUUUUAAAAUACUUACUAUGUGCCAGGCCCUGUGCUGGCAUCUGGGAAUAUAAUAAAAAAGUGAAACAGUGCCCUAGUUAGACAGUGAGCUCCUUGAGGGCAGAGAUUUCACAGUGCCUGGUACAUAGUAGGCACUUAAUAAAUGCUUAUUGACUGAGGAGGGGGAAAGAUUCCAGGAGGUCUCCUGUCUAGAGACUCAUUCUAAGACUCAGUUAUUAAGUGGUAUUUAUUCCUUUUGUUAAGGAAUAGGAAGAAGAGGGAAAGACAGUUGACUCAAAGUUUGGGGACAAUUGGGACAGCCUUUGCCUGAACAUAUCCAUAAAGGAGGAAGUGCCACAGCCUAAGUUUAAAAAAUCAUUUACCCCAGAAAAGGGUUUCCCGGCAUUAUAAGGGGCCCCUGGGGGGAGAGCAACAUUCCUAUCAGUCACAAAUAGGUGCCAAGAACUUUAGAUUCAGACUUCAUUAAAGGAUGCCAUGGGGGCAUCAUUCUUCAUGGCCAAUAAUAGCUUUACAUUUGUUUCUCUACCAAGUUUGCAAAUCAGUUAAGUAUCACUGUUAAAAGAUGAAAAGUUCAGGGAUUAGUUAAAAGGCAGAAUAACUAGCUUAGAUCAUUAAAUCAUUGCACUUUAGUAGGAUUUGCUUUUUGGAAAUGGGAUGGGGGCAUGUUCUUGUCUGUGAUGAUCAGGAAAAUAUAGAUGGUACUUUUCAUAUAUUUACACAGCUGAAGACAUUAAUUGUACUUGACAUAAUACAGCCCUUUUUUGGGGCACUGCCAUGCCUGUGUCCAGAGCCUUUUCUGCGGGAUAGGAUCUACCAGAGUUUGAACCUUUCUGAUAUUGCUUCCUAGAACCCGGGGUCAUGGCAACAUGGGUUAUCAGAGUAGAACUUUAGUGGAGGCUUACUUGAACUAAGUACUUGAAAAUGAGAGAGAGAGAGAGAGAGAGAGAGAGAGAGAGAGAGAGAGAGAGAGAGAGAGAGAACGAACAACUUUUUUUAAACCUCAGGGGAACAUAUCCUGAAAGUAUUUUUUAUCCAAUAUAUAUUAAGGAAUGGGACUAACCAACAAUGACUAGCUUCAUGUUUUUUGCUUGAUUAAGGACCAAAGUCAAUAAGUAACACAAAUGACAUAAUAUUUAAAUCCUUCUUAAGGUAUCUGAAAUAUUAUUAGUAUCUAUGAAUAACAAUGAUUUUGACAUUCUAACCAUUCUAUUUAAAUAAUUCCAUUCAAUAAGAAAUUAUUAAUUGCCUCCUUUGUAUGAGGGGGCUUUAUUAAGUUCUAGGAAUACAAAGACAAAAAAGAAAUAGUCCCAGCCAAUCAAGCAGCUUAAGUGAAAGAUGAAUUCAUAUAGUUGCAGAAAGAAAUGGCAAACCAUUCCACCUUAUUUUCCAAGAAAACCCCAAAUGGAGUCAUAGAGAGUCAGCCAUGACCAAAAUGACUCAACAACAAAAAUUCAUUCAGUCCCUCAAACAUCCAGUCCACUUAAAAGCCUGCCUCUAAAAUUCUUAGCUCUAUUCUUUGGGCCUUUCUUGUUUCUUUUCUUUUCUUUCUUUUUUUUUUUACAACUAUGAAUUCUAUUUAAAAUGAUGUAAUUUUUGGUUUAAUUCACAUAGUAAAAUCUUGCUUAUCAGAUAAAAUGUAUCAUAAAGUGAUUUUUUUAUUAUAAAAUAAA